AUGUGGCCCCGCAGCAGUGAUGCCGAACUGGCGCGGGUGGUCAAGGUAGUCAGUGCUGCCAUCUCCAGGUGGCACCACGUCGAGGGCAACUGGUACAAGAUCUAUCUCUUCAUCGACAACACUGGCACAGGCACCAUUACCUUCGAAGAUUUGGAGAAGUUCUUGCGCGGCACCUAUCCUGGCUUACACCUCGAUCGAGAGGAGCUCCCCAGUGACGAUAUGUUUCGUCUCUGGAAGGCUUUGGACACCUCCGCUCGGAUGCGAGUUCCAAAGAGCGAAUUCAUGUCCUUUAUGCGGAGGUAUGGUGGAGCAUCUGGCAAGUCCGAGAAAGUCUCGAAGGGCUUGCUCCCCAGAAACGUGCUCCCAAAAGACGACUCGAAACGGCGGAGCGAGUGUCAGACGCCCCAUAAGGUGAACACUGAAGAGUCAGGCCAUGCUCGAACGCAAAGUUUCAUGGCUGCAAUGCGUCGCAACCAGCGCGAACGACAAAAGAAGGCGGGUGCUCGGCUCUCGCACUUCGCCUUUGAAGCCGAAGAGGAAGCGGCUCAGAGCAUCAUGGCCCGCAGCCCCAGGGCUACGAUGGAGCCAUGA